AUGGUUCCUUGGCUGAGCUCCGGCGACAAGCCACCAACAUGCCUGGCCUUGCGGUCGUCGUCGGCCACCAUCACCCUCACCGUCAGCUUUGCUGUUUUCACCGAUGUCUUCCUCUAUGCCGUCGUCGUCCCCGUGAUUCCAUUCACACUGGAAUCUCGCAUUGGUGUCUCUCCCGACAGAGCAAUUUGGGGCUGGAUGGCCGAUAGAUAUCAAAAUCGCAGAAUCCCAAUGCUUGUCGGUCUUCUAUGGCUUCUCGCCGCUACACUUCUUCUCUGCUUAAGCAGUAACAUUGCCAUGUUACUCAUCGCCCGUAUCCUACAAGGCCUGUCGGCGGCCAUGACCUGGAGUGUCGGUCUUGCGUUGCUGAUUGACAGCGUCGAUAAAAAUCACGUUGGUCGCGCCACCGGCUGGACGAGCACCGCGCUAACGCUCGGCAUUCUGCUUGGUCCGCUCAUAGGAGGUAUUGUCUACGAUAGAGCUGGCAACUAUGCGGUCUUUGGUAUCUGCUUCGGCCUAAUCGGCAUCGACAUCAUACUGCGCCUAUUGAUCAUCGAAGCUAAGGAUGCAAGGAAAUGGAUGCUCCGAAAGACGGAAUCUGACGCAGCAGCUACCGCCGAGCUGACUGCGAGCGCAGGGCAGAGUGAAAUAACCGCAGCUCCCCAAUCUUCCACCAUCCAGGCCAGCAGGAAACCUGGGAUACCUGAAGAGGAGCUCAAUGACAACGAACGAAGGAAAUCACAUGGUGCAUUCUCCAUUGCAGGGAAAAAUGGGAUAUUGGGGCUCCUGCGGAAACGACGUAUGCUCUGUGCUCUCUUUGGCGUCAUCAUCCAGGCCGCGACGCAGACCUCAUUUGACGCCAUCAUGCCCCUACAAGUCCACGAAGUUUUCCACUGGGACGCCAUCGGUGGCGGCCUCAUCUUCCUCCCUAUUGUGCUCCCUACAUUUUUCAGCCCUCUUAUCGGCAGUCUUGGCGACAAGUACGGGCCGCGCUGGUUCACCGCCGGCGGGUUCCUCUUCUGCGUACCAUUUCUCGUGUGCUUCAGGUUCGUGACCGAAAACACCAUCAACCACAAGGUGAUGCUUUGCGGGCUGCUGUUCGCUGUCGGCCUCGGCGAGGCGCUGCAGGUGGCGCCGCUCAUGGCGGAGAUUUCGUGGGCUGCCGACGAGGGUUGCGAGUUGUCCGACGAUGGUGAGGCGAGCGCCGUGCCCUACGCACAAGCCUACGCGCUCUACAACAUCUCCUUUGCCGCGGGCGCUAUCAUAGGCCCGCUGCUCUCGGGCAUGGUGCGCGAGAGCGCGGGUUUCGGGACGGUCGGCUGGAGCCUGGCCAUCCUCAACGGGGUAACAGCGCUCGUCAUGCUCAACUGGGUCGGCGGCGCGCCGCUCUACAGAUUCAGACAGGGCAUAAAGCGAGGCGGUGCCGGUGGCUCGCAGGCGCCGUCUGAUACGGGCGCCGCGGCGGUUGCAGGUGCGGAAAGCGGACAGCAGAACGACGCCCAGGAAAAACGGACGGCGCAGUAA